UGAGCGGCACAAACGUAACAGAUCGUGGGCUGCAUCGGUUGACUCAUGACUAUCGCUCUCUUCGCGGCGUUAUAUGGGUUAAAUCAUACUCUGAUCGCUUACAGGACCGGUGAUAAUUGGAAGCUGGGAUUUUUUUUGUGGGGAUUGAACGGAGAACGCGGGUGUUGGGGGGGAUAACACCCAGAAAUAAUUCGCAGCGUGUAUUUAUGUGAUCUGAGCCAUCUAGUGAUUCAGGUUCAUCUCGUCCUGAGGGUGGGCGUCAGAAAUAUCUCUGUUGGUGCUUGGAUUAUUAAGGCAGUCGUGGCUAAUUAAGGAAAAUAAACAUUUUUUUUCUCGCCCCAACCCCCAACUUGGGAAAUGGGAAUGGCAUAGGAUGAACAGGGUCGUUACAAUUGACGGGAGUUGGAACAAGUGUGGAACUUCGAUUGCUUAGCUGGAAACGGGGGCAUUAAACAUGCCCAGUGCACAUGGACUCGUGAUCGGAGAGGGGAUCGCGGCAGUGAUGGAGCAGUAGCGCGAACCUCGGAGAAAGGGGCAUGAUUUAUCUCUCCGGCAAGAUCAAGCACACGCCGACGCCUUGGCACUAACCCUUCAAACCGGACUCCGGUUUCGCUGUGCCUUGGGGUCUCGGCGACGGAUCUCGACCAUUCACUUUAUAGGAGACGGCGUCCGUUUGCGGAGGGGGAAGAUGCCCUUUCACCACGUGACGGCCGGCCUGCUCUACAAGGGGAACUACCUGAGCCGCUCGCUGUCCAACGGCAGCGACAGCGACCAGCUGGCCAGCAUUUCCGUGGAGGAGCUUGACGAAAUCCGGGAAGCGUUCCGAGUGCUGGACCGCGAUGGCAACGGCUUCAUCUCCAAGCAGGAGUUAGGAAUGGCCAUGCGCUCCCUGGGAUACAUGCCCAGUGAGGUGGAGCUGGCCAUCAUCAUGCAGCGGCUGGACAUGGAUGGCGAUGGCCAGGUGGACUUUGACGAGUUCAUGACAAUACUGGGACCCAAGUUGCUGUCGUCGGAGACGCGAGAGGGCUUCCUUGGAAGUACGAUAGACAGCAUAUUCUGGCAGUUCGACAUGCAGCGGAUAACGCUGGAGGAGCUCAAGCAUGUCCUGUUCCACGCAUUCCGCGACCACCUCACGAUGAAGGACAUUGAGAACAUCAUCAUCACCGAGGAAGAGAGCCUGAACGAGAACUCUGGGGGCUGCCAGACGGAGUUCGAGGGGGUCCACCCCACGAAGAAAAACCGCCAGACGUGUGUUCGCAAGAGCCUGAUUUGCGCCUUCGCCAUGGCCUUCAUCAUCAGCGUCAUGCUCAUCGCGGCCAAUCAGAUGCUGCGGAAUGGCAUGGAGUAGCCAGUCAAGCCACACCCACUCCACCCCCCCCCCCACCCCACUGUGAGCGGGAGAGCAACCUGCAUGUGCAUGCCAGUGGGUGAUGUCAUUUCCUGUUUUCUUAAAAAACCUCUGAAAUUACCAAUAAAAAAAGAAAAUCGAACCCACCUCACAAUAAAGACGACGGACUGUGAGGAUGAAACUUGAGCGGCAGACGUGUCUUGCAAGACUGAAGCCAGCAGGGGGCCUCGUUCGGGGUCUCCCCUCCAUCUCUCUGGCAGGGACAUUCAAGGGCUGACCUAUCCUGUAUCACACUAAUGCAAUAACGUGCAGGAGUCCGGAAUGCUCUCUGAGCUGGGGGGCCUGAGCCAGGGCGUCCAGCCCAACGCCUGUCAGUCCUGCGUCCUCUCCGUGUGCGCUGGGAGCCGGCUCUCGCAAAGUGCUUAAUUAGUGCCACAAUUUCUUGGCAUUUUUAAGUGAUGCCAUUAUUCGGGGCAACACUGGAGGCGAGGGUAUUUGUAUGUGGUGGGGGGGCGGGGGGGGUUUCAGAGUAAGGUAACAAUGGUCUGACUGGACCCAGUAAGUGGGAGCAGCUGCCCAGCCGAGCUCCGCGUUUGGGCCCGGACAGUUCCUGUGGGGUGAGCGAUUCUGCACCAUGUCUCUCUGUCACUGUGUUGCAUCAUUUGUUUUAUCAGGGAUUUUCUGUUUCACAGCCGAUUAUGAAACGAUUACACUGUACAAAACCAGCCAUUAUGAACAGACACACUGCCAAGCGAAGCCAGCGGCCGCGUUUGUCUGUGUCCACGCUGGAGGUGUCCUUUGGGAGGGCAAAACACACACACACACACACUAUUUGCUUGGCCCUGCAGUCCAGAUCUGUAGCCCUCGUGACCAAACCCCACCCCCCAGGGACGGAUUAUGGGUUGUGUGGGCCCCUGGGCAAAACGUUCGCGAGGGCCCCCCCACCACCACCACCAGC